UGGUAGACACGUUGCUGGGAUAAAUUGACCGGUGGAGGGAGAAAACAUUACACUCUGAACUAAAACUAUUAUCAUGACUAUGACUAAAGCAAGCCUUUUUACAAGAGUUAGUACAGCAGUUACGUACGGGAUUUGCUCUUUUCUUAUCGUAGUAGUCAACAAAAAUGUCCUUACAACUUACAAGUUUCCAUCAUUCCAGUUUCUUGGAAUUGGUCAAAUGUUUGCUACAGUUGUAGUACUCUAUAUUGCUAGAUUCUUUGGUUACAUAAAAUUUCCCAAGUACGCUAGUUCAACAUUUUUAAAGGUUUGGCCUUUACCUCUUAUUUAUGUUUUAAACCUCUUAUUUGGCCUUGGAAGUACCAAAAGAUUAAAUUUGCCAAUGUUCACAGUCCUAAGAAGAUUCUCUAUCCUUUUUACUAUGAUUGGAGAGUAUAUAUUAUUAAACCAUAAAGCAAAUGCAAGAGUUCAGUUCACGGUGUUCAUGAUGAUUGCUGGAGCACUUAUUGCAGCAAGUGAUGAUCUGGCUUUUGAUCUCAUUGGCUACAUUUAUAUUCUUCUAAAUGAUAUCUUUACUGCUGCUAAUGGAGUUUAUGUCAAGAAAAAGCUUGAUUCUGAGGACCUUGGCAAGUAUGGUUUGAUGUAUUAUAAUGCUCUAUUCAUGAUUGGGCCUGCUGUUCUUAUAGCAUACUGGACUGGAGAACUAGACAAGGUGGUAGAGUAUGAUAAUUGGAAAAGCCCAGCAUUUCUGUCACAGUUUUGCUUAUCUUGUUUUAUGGGAUUCAUCUUGAUGUAUUCAGUUGUGAUGUGUACGCAGGCUAAUUCUGCCCUUACCACCACUAUAGUAGGAUGUUUGAAGAAUAUCUUAGUGACAUAUUUAGGGAUGGUGAUAGGUGGUGACUAUGUAUUUAGUCUGACCAACUUCAUUGGGCUGAAUAUCAGUGUUUCUGGCAGUAUAAUCUAUUCCUACAUCACAUUCAUGGAGAAACAGAAAAUACCAGGUUCGAAUGCACCCCCUCCCCCCAAGGGGAAGAAAGUUGAAGUUUGAUCACCUGACAAGGACAAGUGCACUACUCUGCAAUGCACAAGUUGCCAGUCCAAAGACACUAAAAAUUCAACAUGGUUCAUCAAGAUCAACAAAGAUGCAGGGAUGAUAAGCAGGGACUCAUAUCAAACACCAUAAAUAAGGUACAAUUAUUAUUGGAGUGGAAUAACAAGGUGAUCACAAAGACUAGGAAAGUUUCUUAGAGUUUUAACAAGAGUUAAUGUCAUGUGCUUGCAUGGUUGGGUGAAUGUGUAGAAACUAUUCAACCAACAAGUUUAGGUAAAUAUAAUAUCUAAGAGGUAUUUUAUUAUUAUUAUUAUCAAGAAUGGUAUUGAAUAUUGGAAAUAUCACUAUCCCUUUGAA